AAUUGAGUUAAAAAAGUUGUGACAAAGGUACAAUUUUCUUAGUGCCUGUGUAUCAUCAACAGCACCCUGCCAGAGUAUCAAGGUUCCUCUCUUCUUUUAAACCCUAGGAUCAACUGCCCCAUUUCCCUCGCUUUCUCUCUCCCAAUGAAGCUGACAUGUUUGAGCCAAGGCAGCAGCUUCCACUCCCCACCCUCCCACUUGCUCACCAUCUCCGGUUUCAGCUUCCUUAUCGACUCCCCCAUCGAUUUCUCUGCUCUCUCAAUCUUCUCACCGAUACCUUCUCCCCUUUCCAAUCAAUACCCAGAUGCUGAUUCCCCUGAUUCUCCCGAAACAUCGCCGAAUUCCACAGCGUCUGGGCAAAGGAAGAGGCGGAGGAUGGGAACCUCCUUCGAUGCUGCUGAUUUGAUAUGUGCGGCGCCUUGGUACAAGACAGCUGGGUAUUUACAUUUCUGGGACGUUUCUUCAAUUGACGUCGUCUUGAUUUCGAGCCCGAUGGGUAUGCUCGGUUUGCCGUUUCUUACUCGAGAUCACAAGUUCUCAGCAAAGAUUUAUGCUACAGAAUCGGCAGUGAGACUGGGGCGGCUCAUGAUGCAGGAUCUUGUUUCAAUGCAAGAUGAAUUAAGUCAAUUUUAUGGCCCCAUGGAGUUGGCUUGUCCCCAGUGGAUGAAAUCGGAUGAGCUAGAGCUGCUUCCAUUGGCAUUGAGAAAGAUUGCAAUGGGUGAUGGCGGGUCAGAGCUGGGAAAUUGGCAACCAUUGUAUAGUGCAGCAGAUGUUAAUGAUUGCAUACAGAAAGUCCAGACUCUUAAAUAUGCUGAGGAAGCCUGCUACAAUGGAACCUUGGUCAUAAAAGCAUUCAGCUCAGGCUUGGAAAUAGGCACUUCUAAUUGGACGAUAAAUGGUCCAAGGAGAAAUGUUACAUACCUUUCAAGCUCCAUAUUUCAGUCAGCUCAUGCAAUGGGUUUUGAUUUUCAGUCUCUUCAAGGGAAUGAUAUUGUCAUAUUUUCUGAUUUCUCAUCGUUGUAUAGCAAGACCAUCUUUUGUAAUGAUAAUGAUGGCAAUAUGAAAAACAUGACACUAGAGGAAGAAGCUUCUAGUUUCUCAGCCCACAGGGAGAACUAUAAUUACAGUGAAGAGUGCAUGAAAUCCUUAGCUAUAACUGAUGAGAGCUCCGAGGAGAUGGAAAAGAUUUCUUUCAUAUGUUCUUGUGUUGUGAAUGCUGCCAGAGAAGGAGGUUCUGUCCUAAUACCAAUAGGUCGGCUUGGCAUUGUACUCCAACUUUUGGAGCAGAUAUCACUAUCCCUACAAUCUUUAAAUCUGAAGGUUCCCAUUUUUAUAAUUUCCACCACGGCAGAAGAGACUUUGGCAUUCACAAAUAUUAUACCGGAAUGGCUAUGCAAGGAACGCCAAGAAAAGCUGUACUCCGGUGAGGCAUUGUUUGGCCAUGUAGAGCUCAUAAAAGGGAAAAGGAUUCAUGUGUUUCCAGCAAUUCAUUCAUCAAAUUUAUUGACAACAUGGCAAGAGCCUUGCAUAGUGUUUUCUCCUCACUGGAGCCUGCGGCUUGGUCCUGUUGUUCACUUGCUUCGGCGCUGGUGUGGGGACCAGAACUGUUUGCUCAUUCUGGAACAAGGAUUUGAUCCUGAUGUAGCUCUCUUACCAUACGCACCGGUGGCAAUGAAGGUCCUUCAAUGUUCAUUUCUAACUGGAAUAAAGAUGCAAAAAGUUCAGCCAUUGCUGGAGAUUUUGAGUCCGAAGGUCAUUUUGUUCCCUGAAGAACUGAGAAUGCAGCUCCAUACUACAAACACAAACUCAACCCAAUUCUUAUACUACUCUGUUAAUGACACACUACGUGUACCAAGCUUGAGGGAUGAUUACGAAGCUGACCUGGCGACAGACUUGGCAUUUCAGCUCCAGCCUAGAAGGACGAGACAGGAAAAUAUAGCUGUGGCAAGGUUGAAAGGGGAGCUUGUCGUAAGCCAUGGCAGGCAUUUGUUGGUCUCUGCAAAGGAAACGUCUGGCCUUUCACAACCUCAGCUACUGCAUUGGGGCACCGUCGAUCCAAAUCUCUUGGUGCUGGCCUUGCAAGAAAAGAGUAUAAAUGGGUCUCUAGAUAGCGAUGGUGGUGGCACGGAUGGUGCUUGUUUUGUGCGCGUUGAGGAGCCCAGCAAGGCUUUGAUAGAAAUUGGUACAACACGUACUGUAAUCUGCACAUCUGAUGAAACGCUGGCGGCCUAUAUCUUUGAUGCUGUUAGCAGUGUUCUGGAUGGCAUUUAAAUGGAGAGGAGUUAUUUGGUAGGCUGAUGGCAUGACUAUUGUACAGAUAACAUGUAAGUACCUCAACCCCACCGAUCCAGAGCAUUGAUCCGCUUUAAAUGGGGCAUAGCCCCGAAAUCCGAUUGAUCAGAUGAAUCUUUAGCUUUGAUUGAAGAACAUUUGUUUAUAGGAUUUAGACAUUUUACAAGUUUUUUCUCUCAUUUUAACCGUCCAUUUGAUGCCUCACCAAUCAAACAGUUAGGAUGUACUGUAUCUAAGGUUAUUGGUGAUAUGCUGUACGGCAGCGGAAGGCUUGCAGUCUGGGCAAUUGGGAUCGAUGUGGUGGGUUUUAUCAAUCCUCUUGUGAUU